AUGAAGUCGCGAAUGAGUUGCAUACUGAUGCCGCUGGCCGGCUUACUUUCCUUAACCAAUGCACUCACUCUCGACAUGAACAGCUUUGAUUCGAUCAAGUCUGUUACCUCUACUUUGGCGUAUGACAUGAUGACCUACUAUUCUGGAAAUCAGUCCGGACAAGUUCCAGGUCUACUACCCGGCCCGUGUGAGUCAACGGCUUGUUAUUAUUGGUGGGAAGCAGGCGCGAUGUUUGGAGCUCUUAUCCAUUACUGGCAGUAUACCGGCGAUGACAGCUAUAACCCCGUCGUUACGCAAGCUUUACAGUUUCAGGUCGGGCCCGAGGAGAAUUUCAAUCCUCCCAAUCAAAGCAAGAAUAUGGGUGUGGAUGAUCAGGCAUUCUGGGCGUUUGCGGCCAUGGAUGCUGCUGAGGCUGGCUUGCCCGACGUUGGCGGUGAUGCUCCUUCUUGGCUGGCUUUGGUUCAGGCCGUUUUCAAUUUUCAAUCAACACUCUGGGAUGCUGCCACAUGCGGUGGGGGGAUGAGAUGGCAAGUCUACUCCUUCAAUGCGGGCUACAACCUGAAGAAUACUAUCUCGAAUGGCGGCAACUUUCAACUGGCAGCGCGUCUGGCGAGAUACACUGGGAACCAAACCUAUGCGGAUUGGGCAAGCCAGAUGUGGGAUUGGAUGGAGGCUAGCCCGCUGUUUCAAUAUCAGGAUAAUGUCCUCUACAUCUGGGACAACACCGAUGCAAACAGUAACUGCACAGAUGUCGCUCACUACGCCUGGACCUACAACUACGGCACGAUGCUGAUGGGUGCUGCCGCCAUGUACAACUUUACUAACGGUGCAGAACCCUGGGGAACUCGUGUCAACCAGAUCUUGCAAGGGGCAUUCAACCUGUUUUUCCCCGCGGAAUACGGCGGCAACAUCAUGACUGAGUUCCAAUGUGAACCGACUAUGGUCUGCAACAACGACCAAAGCAGUUUCAAAGCUUACCUGUCUCGUUGGAUGGCUGUUACGGCACUAAUUGUGCCAAGUACAUAUGAUCUGAUCAUGCCAAAAUUGCAGGCCAGUGCAGCAGCCGCGGCUCAGCAAUGCAACGGAGGGGAUAAUGGGCGAAUGUGUGGGCGGCGGUGGUAUUCAAGCUUUGACGGCUCAACUGGCGUGGGACAACAGAUGCAAGCACUGGCUGUCAUCGGAGGAUCAACGAUACAUCCAGCAAUUGUGCCUAAAACUGCUGUGACUGGAGGCACAUCGGAAAGUGACCCCAACGCUGGGACUGAUGCCGAUGCCAAUCCUGUUCAGUACUCUCCUAUUACCACGGCGGAUCGGGCUGGCGCUGGUAUCCUGACGGUAUUGUGUAUUGGCAUCAUCGUUGGAGGGAGUGCUUGGAUUAUUAUGUAG